GUCGUAUACUCGUAUAGAUUCAAAAUAUCCUCACAAGAAAGCCUACCAAUCUCAUUGUUUGAACUUUGAUUAUUAAAAUUUUGGAGUUGGGGUUACAAUUUCUUAACUACACGGUGUGUUUGUACGUGGUGGUCAUUGGAGACGGGAGGCUAGCAGGCCUCGGCCACUCAAGAAAAAAUUUGAGUAUACAUAUUUAUAAGAGAAUAUUACCCGCGAGGAGCGGUGACGGGAAAUCCUAGCCGCCUCCUUCUCUUCUUCUCUUCUAUUCUUAUCUUCUUUUGAUUUCAAUUGUGGAAAAAGUUUCGUUUAAUCAGUAUUUUCUGUUCUAUCUAUACGUUUAUUUCCUAGCGUUGUCUAGAGAUGUUAUUUUCGGUGGCGCAGUGUCGCUCGCCAGAUCUAUAUUCUCCGCCAUCAUCGGUCGGGUGCUCUUGUGUACUAGUAAGAGGUUUAUAUUGGCUUCUUUAUCAAUCAUGAAUCAGGAUUUCUGCUGCAUCGAUAUAGAGGCUGAUCACCCCCCUCUUGAACCACCGCCGAUCCAGGAAGAUGACAUUGGAUGGAUUGCUUUCUUUCCGGUGACUGGUCAAACCGGAACCAUCUCUGCACUUGGCUCCUUACCGGUGGAUGGAAAAACUGGCAAGUUCAAUAAUUCCUUUUCGGUGGAUGGUCAAGCCAAACCCAUUUCGAGUAGCAUGAGCAGUCACACUGCGGUACAAGUCUACAUUGUUGCAAGUCAAAAUCAGAGAAUUUGGGCCUGGUACUGGCACUUGAGGAACAAUCGGGAUGAUUUGAGAAGCAUUUGAGAAUGAUUUGAUAGCUUUGGAGGUCACCGGAAGAUUCACGAUGAAGAUUUGAAGGAAAAAGAGCUCUAGGAUUGGCUUCGGGAUCAAAAGAAGAUGAAUGAAGCUUGAAAACGACGAUCAGGAUGACCUUCUGUCAAUCAUUCAAGCAUAUCUCUUUGUAGAAACAACCAAUAGACAAGAUUUAAGUUUCAUAUGAAAUCUAACUUCAAGGGCUACAAAUCAUAUGAAGACACCUUUGCGAGAAUCUGAGAGGAAGAAGAUGAAAACAGACAAUGAAGUCAGAUGAUCCCUGCUGCGAUUUCAGAAUGAGAGCUUCCACCAUUUUAUUCAUAUCUCUUUAUUGGAUGAUCCAAAUCACAUUCGGCAAGUUGGGGUGGAUAGAGGACUUCAUUAUCUACAACUUUCAUGAAGGAAGUUUUGUCAAAUUCGGAAGUUUUACGCACGACGUGCGUAGGGGAACGCACGACCGUGCGUCUGAGGCGAGAAAGCAAGGAAGAUACUGCCAGCAACGCACGGCCGUGCGUGGGGGGCGCCGUGCGUUCCAUAUUUUUACGCGGCUGUGCUCCAGACGCACUGGGGGACGCACUCCGUGCGUUUUCCCCGUGCGUUGCCCCUGGAAUCCUAAUUUCGCCCGAAUUGCUCCAUUUUUCCUAUUUAAACAGCCUGUAAACCCCG